UUUCGGACAUGGCAGACCCACUGGAUGUGCACCAGUUCUGCUGCUCCAUCUGUCUGGAGCCUUACACCGACCCGGUCUCGAUUCCGUGCGGACACAACUUCUGCAAGCUCUGCAUCGGGAGCUACUGGGACACCUCAGAGCUGAGCUGCUGCCCCCUGUGCAAGGAGAAGUUUUACAAGAGACCCGAGCUUCGGAUCAACUACUCCUUCAGAGAGGUUGUCAAUCACUUCAAAAGUGCAACUCCAAGUCCGCUGGUAAGCAGAAAAGGCAGUGAGGCGAGAGCUGGCGAAGUACCGUGUGACGUCUGCACAGAUGUGAAGCUGAAGGCCAAAAAGUCCUGCCUGGUUUGUAUGGCGUCUUACUGUGAGAUUCACCUGGAGCCUCACAACACAGCAGCAGCCCUGAGCAGACAUAAGCUUGUUGAACCGAUUAGAAACCUGGAGGACAGAAUAUGUAAGAAGCACGAGAAGGUCUUGGAGCUGUUCUGCAAGGAGGAGGAGAGGUUUAUCUGUCAGAUCUGCGCUCAAACCGACCACAGAAGGCACCAAGUUGUGACGGCAGAGGUUGCGUCACAGCAAAAAAUGGAGAAUGCACAGAGACAGAUGGAGACAAGCAUUAAGGUGUUCACAUCCGUGAUGAAUUCCAUCCAAAAGACCCACAAAGACCUGAUGAAGGAGAUCAAGGUGAGACACGACGCUGAGCAGAAGAGGUUUGAGGAGCUCAUCGCAGAGCUGAGGAAGGAGAUCGAUGAACUGGAGAAGAAAAAUGUUGAGCUCCAGCAGCUCUCACAUAUUGAAGACCACAUCAGUCUCCUGCAGGCUUUCAGUGAAGCCCACACACUCCCACCUACUCAGAACUGGCCAAGCAUCCCAGUUAAUGAGGUGGAUUUUUUGGAUUAUAUACGAACAUCUUUGAUUAGCGCUAAAGAGUUCAUCAAAACGGAAAUUAAACAGCAGGAAGUCACUGAGCUCAAGAAACUGCAGAAAUAUGCAGUGGACGUCACCAUCGAUGCCGACACAGCAGGGCCCUGGCUGCUCGUCUCUGAAGAUGGGAAACAAGUGAGGCAGUCGCCAAAGAAGCACAAAAUUCCAACGAGCAUGGCGAGAUUCACAGAGGACACUUUUGCUGUUGCGACUCAGGCGUUUUCCACAGGCAGGCACUACUGGGAGGUCGGGGUGAAGGGGAAAUCCAACUGGCUGCUGGGAGUCGCCUCCAGCUCCCUGAGGAGGAACGAACACAUCGUUCCCUGCCCAGAUAACGGCCUGUGGACUCUCAGUCACCAGGACGGAGGGAAGUAUUGUGCAUUAACAAAAAAUCCCUUCCCUUUAAUGUUGUCGCUCCCUCCUCAGAGGGUGGGAGUGUUUGUGGAUUACGAAGAGAGGCAGGUGUCCUUCUUUAACGUGCUGGCCAAGACUCACAUCUACACCUUCACAGGCUGCAAAUUUACAGGCAGGAUUUACCCCAUAUUUGAUCCUUGUUUGGCCGCAGAAAAGAAGGAGGUGGCUCCUCUGGAAAUCAUGAUUGUUGAGAUCACAAAAUGAAGAAUUGAUCGAGAACAUGCAAGAUAUCCUAUAUGAUCCAAUCAGAAAUGGAUUGCAUGUCCAUUAAAAGCUCUAUUACACAUCACAGAUAAUCUGUUUGAUUUGGACAAGGGAAUAGGUUUGUUGUGUAUUUCUUGAUGCUGAUCAUAUUAUUUUUUGUGAUUCGUUUCUAUUUGCAUAUACAACACAUCUUCAGUAUUGUGGUCUCAUAAUCUGGCUCUGUUAGAUGUCUGAACAUAUACUGACACACUUUAUAAUUUCAAAUCUGAUUUCAGUUUUAAAGGUAAAUAUUCCUGUGGAGCAACAUCCAGCAGCCAGUUAGCUUAGCUUAGCAUAAACCCUGCACACAGCACUGUUCCUUCUUGUUAGUUUAGAAACAAAGUGGAAAUAUGACAAGUUACUUCAUUAGGUUUUGCAGUUGCUAGGCAACCGAUGUAAACACUAGGAGGUCACAGUUUCCGAUCUGACACAUAAAAUCCAGUAAAAUGAUGAGUUAUUGUUUAGGGAUGUGUUUGUACAUGUAUGUACACUGUAAAAAAUAAAGUUUUUAACCUCAUUUUUCAAAAACAAUUUACUGUUAUUUUACAGACUCUGUUUUAUUUAACUACAUAAAAUAACUGCUAAAAAAUCACUGAAAAAGUAUUAAUUUCCAUGUUACUGCAACAAAACAAGCCAAAACUGUAAAUGAUGUCCACAUCAAUAAUCUGUAUUUCAAUAAAUGUUAUUAUUCUUGUUCUUUUACAGUGUUUGACAGUAAAAUUGCACGAUGUUUGUAUUUUAGUUUGAUCAGAAGAACAUAUUAUUUAAGUAUUCGUUGUUGUUUG